GGGUAGAUAAAAUGGGCAACCGCAGCAGUGUGAGAUGCAGCAAGGUCUGCAGCCAGAAUGGAGGGCAAGCUGUACAAAGGAGAGGACUACAAGACAGAGUUCCAACCCCGGAACUACUUAAAGACCUACUAUGCCUUCGAUUCAGGCACCGUAGCUGAAAAUGAAAUCUUGAAAUUCAACCUGAAUAAUCUCUUUGAAACUUUCUCUCCAGGAGGCAUAGGAGGCGACAUCCUGAUUGACGUCGGCUCAGGCCCCACCAUCUACCAGUUGCUCUCGGCCUGCGAGGCCUUCCGGGACAUCGUGUCAGACUACACGGAAAUCAACCUCCAGGAGGUGGACAAGUGGCUGAAGAAGGAGCCGGGGGCCUAUGACUGGUCCCCAGCCGUGCAAUAUGUGUGUGAACUCGAGGGAGACAGGAGCAAGUGGCAGGAGAAGGAGGCCUGGCUCUGAAGGACAGUCACGCGCUUACUGACAUGUGACGUGAACCAGUCCCGUCCUCUGGGGUCUGCCCAGGUGCCCGCAGCGGACUGCGUGCUGAGCCUGCUGGCCCUGGAGUGCGCCUGCCAUGACGUGGACGCCUACCGGGCAGCCAUCCGGAACCUGGUCGGCCUGCUGAAGCCAGGCGGGCACCUGGUCACCUCGGUGGCCCUGCGCUGCGGUGAAUACAUGGUGGGCUCCAGGAAGUUCUUUACCCUCUCGCUGGAGCAGGAGACAGUGGAGAAGGCCUUGCAGGAGGCCGGCUGCCAGGUGCUAAAGUGCCAGUACAGCCCCAUCAAGUACUCAGAGGCCUUCUGCCUUAACGACGGAUCCUGUUUUGUGGUUGCCCGCAAGGGCCCUGGGGCCUGAGGCCAGUCUGGCAGACAGGGCCUGCCCAGAGGGGGAAGUCAGGGUCCCAAAGUCUAGUAAGUCUGGAGCCCCCUGCUGCAGAGUCAGCCUGAACACCAUCCCUUCAUCUUGUACUACGUCCCCAGGUCACAAGUGAAAAGCAAGUUCUCCCUGCCCCCAGCCCAGGGGGCCAUCCUCCACACCCCUUUCCAUUUCAUCCUGUAUCAUAAGUCAGGAAAAUAAAGUGGCCCAGCCAGA